UCCACCGAGGACGCGCGUGCUCCUCCGUUUACCUCACUGCACCUUUUAUCUCUCUCUCCCUUGUCCCCAUUGAAUUUUCGGGGACGCGCGCUGUACCGGUUACCGAUCUCUUUACCUCUCGCCUCGAAGCGCGUGCUGUUCGCGGGCAAAUUUUUGCUUUGAUCCACGCGCGGGAGAGAAAAAUUAUCCUGGCGCGAUAAAAAUUAUACAACUCGCGACGCUACGGUGACUCCGUGAGUUUUUUUUUUUGUUUUUUUUUUUGUUUUUUUUCUUGAACUUUUUCCAAGUCGCCGACGAGUUUGGUACAAUGACUGGGUUUUGCUUCGCAAGGGGAUACCGGUGAGAUCGCAACGGUAAACUCGUCGGUGUUUACUCUGCUGUAUAGGCCAAAUUGAUGCAGCCGCGCUGAAUCAUGGAGACCUUAGUAAAGGCCGUUACGCGGAUGCCGCAGUUGAUCCAGUAAUCCGAUAAAAAAGCGAGAGAGAGAGAGCAAACGGGAAACGAAGAGAACACACGUCCACGGGCGCGGAUGUCGGUGCGAAUGGAGCAUCGCAAGAGUUGGUAAAGAUCGAGCCUCCGCGGGAGGACAGGGGGCGAGCCAGGAACCCGGGAUCAUGAGUCUACGCGUCGCCCUGGCUCUCACGUUCUACGCCUGGCUUCUAUCAGUGGCAGCGGAGCCGACGAGGAGGUCGUCGGGGAGGCGGGAGCGCCCGCAGUACAACAACCACGGCAACAUAAGCGAGCUGCUGGACAACCUGCUCCGGGGCUACGACAACAGCGUCAGGCCGAACUUUGGCGGACCGCCCGCCAUCGUCGAGGUCGACAUCAUGGUGCGCAGCAUGGGCCCCAUAUCCGAGAUCGAUAUGACGUACUCGAUGGACUGUUACUUUCGUCAAUCGUGGGUGGACCGUCGACUGGCCUUCCAAAGUGGCAAGGAAACCCUCGCCCUGUCUAUCUCCAUGCUGGCGAAGAUCUGGAAACCGGACACGUACUUUUACAACGGCAAGCAGAGCUACCUCCACACCAUCACCAGUCCGAACAAGUUCGUCAGGCUUUACCAGGACGGCAGGGUGCUCUACAGCUCGAGACUGACCAUCAAGGCCGCCUGUCCCAUGAACCUCGAGGACUUUCCCAUGGAUACGCAGCGGUGUCCACUGAAAUUCGGAAGCUAUGGGUACACAACGCGGGACGUGAUCUACAAGUGGAACGAACAGCGCCAGGUGGCCAUAGCCCACGACAUGACGCUCGCUGCCUUUGACCUGGUGCACGCGGCGAACGCCACGGGCUCGAUCUUUUUACAAAAUUCGCUGGUUGCCGAGUACUCGAUGCUCAUUGUCUCGUUUCACCUGAAGAGGCACAUGGGCAACUUCCUGAUACAGGUGUACGGGCCCUGCGUCCUCCUCGUCGUCCUCUCCUGGGUGUCGUUUUGGCUCAACAGAGAGGCCACGGCCGAUCGCGUGUCGCUCGGUAUAAUGACGGUGCUGACGAUGACGUUUCUGGGCCUGGAGGCGCGCACGGACCUGCCCAAGGUGCCCUACCCGACGGCCCUCGACUUCUUCGUCUUCCUCUCGUUUUGCUUCAUCUUCGCGACCAUCAUUCAGUUCGCGGUCGUGCACUACUUCACAAAGUACGGCUCGGGCGAGUGCUACUUCGGCUCGGACCUCGACGACGACGACGCUGACCUGGACGACCACGAGCACCACGGUGUCCGCCACCAUCAUCACCACCAAGACUCGAGCGACGAGGACGAUAACUCCGAGGUGGUCCUUGACUGCGGCCCUGCCUCCGAAGGCCCCAUCGCGGCCACUUGCUCGUACCACCACCACCAACAGCAGCACCAACAGAGACACCACUACCACCAACAGCAGCAACAGCAGCGACGCCGGGUCUCGCGAGUGCGGAGGCAGAGGCGCAAGAUGCCCAGGUACAACUCGGUCUCGAAGAUCGACCGGGCGAGCCGGCUGGUCUUUCCGCUCUUCUUCCUCGCCAUCAACCUCUUCUACUGGUUCGGCUACUUGUCGCGCAGCAAGAGAAUCGACUACUUCAACUGAGCUCUCCGCCGCAAAACGAUACACGUGUACUUGUUUGGUCGGGUCCGACGUGGUGCAGUGGGGCUCCGAGGACGAUUUUGUACAACGAGCGUUGAUACGUCGACGGGAUCGAGAGGACGCAAUUUUACCAGAGCAAAAGUUUGUGUUUUUGUGCAAUUGCGAUCAAGUCUACGAGGUAUACACUGGCCAAUUUUUAAAAGCAUGUAUGCGUUUUGGGGAGAGAGCUGUGCGUCAAUUUGGAGCUUAUAGGAGAAAGCGCAUUUUUUUUUUUUGGCAUAUCAACGCGGGUCAAGAUAUAAUACCUCUCGUACCCGUUGACAAAAAUACAUAUACAUGUAAUCAUUGUAAAUAAUCGAAUCGUUGCAUGGUUCUUAUAAUGAAAUCACCUGAGUAAAUGGCACGAAAAUAAAGUAAGCCUGUAACAUUAUUACAACUAACAAUUUUAUUUAUCCUUACGAUGGUUAUUUUUCGUCACCGUGUAUAAUUUAUAUUGUAUCAUUCAUUUUCUUGACAUUAAAUAUUAUGUGUAUAUAUAUUCAUCACCGAAGCUAGAAAUGGGAUAUAUGCGGAUGGAUAUAAGCUUUUGACACGCUCGAUGGUAAGUUUCAACAAAAAGCUUCCAAAAAUAGUUCGUCUAGCGAGAGCUUUAAUCUUUCUUGCUUCGUAUAGUCCACGCAAAGGCAAAUUCGUUUUGCGCAAGAUGCGUUUGUUUUAUGACUAUAGGUAAUAUAAU